AUGUCUUUGGUCCGAAGACUUGCUCAAGGCACUGAAUUCCUCUUCGGUUUCGUUAACUUCCUUGUGCCGGGUACCAGCGAUAAUCUACGGAGAGAUUUCCUGCCUGUUCACCAAGUCGUGGGAUCGGUCUCAUUCACAGCUUCUAUUGUGCAAGCAACGAUCGGAUACAUUCAAUACAAUUCGAUAUUCACUUGUCCGCCAAGGUACGCUAAACAUCUUUGA